AUGGACAGACACACCCGCGAGAUGAUCUUGCGCCUUCAGAAGGAAGAUCUGACUGUUCUGGCAGCUCUCUGGAAUGCGUCUGAUGAGGACAGCUCUGAGUACAACGCCACUGUGCGCGUCUAUCGCCGCCAGUUGAGCCUAAUGGAUCAUUACCUCUCGGACUCGCGCCAGGUCAAAACAACUGAAGAUGCUGCAGGAGACACCAGUGAUGAGGCGGGAGCUUACUCUCGCCAGAGUACUGAUGGCAAUGUACCCAUCCUGACUGAGUUUGGAGAUGUGCAUCGAGCUGGGAACGUUUAUGCGCACCGCGGUGAAACCUCUCUAUUCACACCCACUGCUUCACCUCCACCAAUCGUCAAUGCGACAACCGCAGGCUCAUUCGUUGAAGAUCCAGAGCAUCUUGUCGUCCGCCUUCCUCAACCCGUACCGACAUCGAGAGAGCAAUGUGACAGGCUUCUUCACGGAAGGUCCCAACAGUUUCGACCUGCUCGCUCUCUCGCCCAGUCCGAAGACGUCUUAAACAACGAUAUUUCUGAUGCAUACUUUCAGAAGAAGGUAAACCGAAUGGUGGUUAUUCUGCCGGGCCGAUCUGUUAGCGUGCUUUGCAAGGCUUUGCAGAUCUGUCACGGUAGGCUCGAUGAUGCUGUCGAUUACAUCUUCCGUCAGGAAGAAGACAAAAACAGUAGGGAUGUUAUCGACCUCAGCAGUUCCGGCGCGGCGUCGCCAGCUUUGCAGUCCACCGAACGUUCCACAAGUGCUAAAACAAUUCUUGAGCGCUCUGUGGACCACCUCACACCUCUCGGCGACCCGCUCCUUGAAACACAAGCCAGUGCGAUCGCUAAGAAGAAACCUAAACCCGAGUCUGGUUUGGUUGCUCAACAAGACACAACGGGGAAGAUGCCAGAAAUUCUUGUUCGGUUGUCUGGAACAUUGUCAAGCCCGAUUCCGCGCGCCAGAAACGGUGGACUUGACCAUGCCCACUGCGCUGUUCCACCCAAACAUGAGUCGUUCAAAUCUGCCUCAAGAUGCGAUACUACAUCUCAGCAUUCUAGGAAUUCGACGACUACAGCACCCAACACGUACCUUGAUAUGAUGAGGCCCAACAUCGGCCAAUAUUGUCACCCACUGAAUGGCCAUGGUCACCCUCACCAGCUGGGUGGCUGCUCUCCGCAGCCUCCUUAG